AUGCGCAAACGCAACGACAUAACUAUUUGGGAGAAAAAAAAAAAGGACCAUUUUUUUAAAAUUUUUUUUUCAUCGAAAAAGGUAAAAAUAAUAAAGUCGCAGAAUCACCCCAUUUUCAUUCACCUGUACAAGCUAGCCACUGAUGGGAAGUAUCGAGAGAAGCAAGGGAAGAUUUUACUCACUUGCAAGAAGAUGAUCCUGGAGAGAGAGCAACAUCACAUUGCACGCAUUUACACCAAUAGCAUUAACAACUUGAAGGACUUUCGCCUCUUCGACAAUUUUAUCCUUUUGUCCAACAGGCUGCUCAAGCGGGUUGCCCUUCUCUACUCCUUCAAAAAUGGAGUCCUGGCAGAAGUCGCGCACACGUUCCACUGCGACGACGUGGGCCUCCCGCGCCUGGCCCUCUGCUUCUGCGAGGUGAACCGCGGGGGAGGCGGUGAAAGUGGUGGAAGAAGCGAUGGGGGUGUGGGGGAACGCCACAUUGGGGAGACGCGCUUCUCCAGCGGAACAACCCCCCCAGGGGCACCUACCCAACUUCUCUGCAACGGCGACGUUGGGACGCUCAUCCGGAGCUGCUUCCUCCUCAAGUGGCAGUGCGUUUUUAACGUGGAGGGAAUAGGCCACACGCAGAGGAAGAAGGGGAAGACCAGCAAAGGAUCACCCAAUGGGGGGAACACCGAUUGGCCGAAUGUACCUACUCCGCGGGGUGCCACCCGGAAGAAGCCACACAUAAACGACAUUUACAGCAUCGACUUCUUCCACCCUCUUACACUUCGCGCCUCGGCGGGCCACCUGCUAGACAUCCCCUAUAAAAAAGUGGCCUUCACGGAGCUGCACAAAUACGCCCGAGAAAAUAAAAUACUCCUCCUGAAGUACCGCGCCGGGGGAAGCGAGGGACGAACUGGUGACGGAAACCAGGAGAGCCUCUGCGAGAUGGGAGGCGACCUGUAUGUGCACUAUCGUGGUGGUAGCCACUCCGAGCAGGGGAAGCCCUUCUUAAAUCUGCUGGGCAAAGCCAAGGGGGUGUUUCUCCUCCUAGACAACUGCAACAGUGUAGAAAAGGAGCACCCGCGGGUAAGCCGCAACUACGUGCACAUUGGGCCAAGCACAGACGACUCAGAUGACGAGAGAAUCUUCGAUCGAGUCUACUACGUCAAUUUGGUAAACAAUGGGGAGACGCCCCUGGACGUCGUGGCGGCGUACUCCAUUCUGAUGUACAUCCUCAAGGCGAGCUUCUUCCAGCACAUCCCGCAGUCGUGUUACGUCUGUGCGGAGUGA